UCUGCGCAGACGCGAGCUACUAAAUGCGUGACACUUGUCGCUGACCGUGGCUAUAUAAAUGCAAACUCCAGCCUUCCUUUGAAGAAGUCCUAAAAGUAAUAACUUGGUAGGCAACAACUGGAAGACAGACGCACCUCGCAAAGUUCAAAAACCAUCCAAGGAUAUAUCAAUUACGCACAGGUACGCAACAUCUUAUCUGGAAUGAGACCGGUCAUAUUGUGGUAGACUAAGAAACGUCAGAUUCUCCUCGCCACUUUUUGACAUGAAGCUCAAUUUUCUCGUCACCACCGUGGCUCUGCUCGUUGCCUUUCCACCACCGUAUGAAUGUAGAGCCAUCGAAAGCAGCCCCAACCAGCCAGCAGCGGACCCCGAUGGAGAGCGACAGGCGCCGCCGGUUUUGGCACGCAUAGGGGAGGAGUACUUCAUCCGGCUCGGUAACAGAGACCAGAAUCCUCUCCGAUCCCCAGCCGACAGCUUCCCCGAGACAUCCCAGUAUUCCAAAAGAGCACUGCAGCUCCAGUUAACGCAGCGUCUGUUGGAGGGGAAAGUUGGAAACAUCGGCCGCUUGGAUGGCAAUUACGCGCUCCGGGCGCUCGAUUCAGUGGAGAGGGAGCGCAGGUCGGAGGAGCCGCCGAUUUCCCUGGAUCUGACCUUUCAUCUGCUACGAGAAGUACUGGAGAUGGCCAGAGCCGAACAAAUGGCCCAGCAAGCGCACAGCAACCGCAAAAUGAUGGAAAUAUUCGGGAAGUAACCACGAGCAAACCCAUCAGCCAAAGAUAUUUUUACAUUUUACCACAAACGUGAAUAUUCUGUACCAUAGUGCUGCUUUUCCAUCAUGAUCUAUUUAUACCGGUGACUUAUUUAUUUGUAGAUAUUUCAAUGAAGGCGAAUAGAGUACAGUAGGUGUGUAUGAAGCGCAAAACUGUUAGCACUCUCCAUCAAUGUUAUUGUAUAAGUGAUCAUUCCGAACUGUAGAUGAAGAAAACAAAGACAAUAUUUUCCAGUACUGUAUUAUUUUAUGACAGACCUGAGUUUCAUUGUAACAUACAGUACACUGUCUACGUUUGUUAAUAAACUAAUGAGCAACCAUUGAUUUUUGUUGUGCAAGAGAAUGUCUUAUAUUUAUAUUUUUCAAUAAAACUUUGAAAGUCA